CCCGCGGUAGUCGUCGUCGCUCUCGCUCACUCUGUGCCCGAUUGUCGACGUCGACAACGUGCCUCAAGUCCGUUCUCCCGUUUACUAGAGUCUCGUCACAGAGACACAUUUGCUCCAACGCAGUCUCAAAAGGCACGCCUUCGUUGUGCGUUUGCCAUCCAAGUUUUCCUUUGAUCGAUAUCAUAUUUUCGGCCUUUGACGACUAUCUUCACGACCUCUCUCUUCUCUUUCUCUUUUUUCGUUUUCAUUUCACUUUUCUCUUCAUCUCUAUUUUUUUUGCCGGGAAUUUCGCCACCGCUUUGUCUAGAUACCUCAGCCACGCAGUCUUAAGUCAUUGUGGUUCCCCGCCACUGAGCUGACCAACGCUUGGCCAAGCAUUCCUCCUAUCCCCCGCCGCCGGGCAGAUGCCAGUUCCCGUUCCUACUCACAAGAAGAGCCCAUCGCAUCCAGUUGUCAAACCGCAAGGCGACGUUCCAGGCACCUUCCCAUCCGUUGUUCCUGGACUCGUUCCCGACGACUCACUCAAAUACGUAAUCCACUCUGCUUGUCAGCCCGCGGCUGCCCACGCAGGAUUUGGCUCCUUCCCACCUCUCCAACGAACACGAUCAGAUUGGGUAUCUAUUAAUUCUUUCUACUCUGGAGACGGCUCUCAGAUCUCGUUCUGGCCUGGAGUAGCGGAGGAAAGUUCGGAUUUGCGACGCGGGCUGACCGUUGCGGGAAACGCAGCGGUCAGUAAGCAGGUGCACGCAGAAGCGUGCCGCUCGCCUGCGGAGACAUCCGAUUCUUAUUCCGUAAUCAUGGGUCUGCAACAUUUUGUUGACAGGCGUCCCGUUGACCACAGUUGGGCCGUUCGUGAACAUACUGAUGAUUCCGCGAUUAGCUUUGUGGCCAGGGCAGACGCCUGGAAUUCUGCCAGGGGGAACGCUUUUCGCAAGGAUUUCUCGGGGAAUUCCUUUUCAUCUAUGGAAUUAGACCACCGUUCUCCUCAUCACGCUGCGGACGAACUUUGCGACAAUUUGCUUCAUUCCGCCACCACCCCUUUUGCAGACUUUGUUGAUCGCAUUGUUGCUACGCAAGGGACUUACGCAAGUGACCAACCUGCUCCGGAUGCCUUGGAGCCUCUUCCAGCUGAUGCUCCCGGUCACCAGCAACAGCCGGUGCCCACUGAACCGCUUUCCGAUCCCACGUAUAUUAGGACAUACCGUGCGAUGGCAGAGCCCCUGUCUGAAUGGAUGGCAGACUAUGUCUGGAAGAUCUGUACAAGGGGUAUGAGUCUUCCUUGCCGUUUUGUCGGUGCAGGGGCCUCGUGUAUUUACGAGGAGAAGCCACCAUCCAAUCUGGCGAAGGCAAUUCACUCGGUGCUGAGCUCUACGCUUCUCCAGCCCUCUGCUAUCCUUCUCGCGCUCUGGUACAUUACACGGUUACCCGUUUUGUUUGACGUACAUUGUUCAGGCACGAUCCUAACACCUGCGGAACUCGAGUUUCGCAAGGAACUUUAUGGUGAAGGGUGUCCUUUGUCGACGGAUGAGCGCAGUCAGUUGGUAUCCCGUGCUCCAUUUAGAAUUGCUCUGCUCGGUUGUAUGUUCGCGAACAAGUGGCUGGAUGACCAUACGUUCUCGAACAAAACGUGGCACAGCAUCUCUGAUGUACCGAUUCAAAGCAUUAAUCGACUCGAGUUGACCGCGCUCGCUGUCAUGGGACAUGAUUUAUCGGUUACACCCAAAGCAUGGGAGUGGUGGCUUGCUCACCUUCAACAGUAUCAAUCCUGCAUUGAACCUGUGACAAACCACUUCCCUGCUCCUAUUUGUCGCCCGUCGACAAGUGAUUCACACACGAUAGUCCGUAGGAUGGUAGCGGAUUUGGUUCAAUUGCAUGGUCGUUUCGGAUUGAUGGCUUCAACGAUUGUCGCACAACCAAUCUUCAGUUCGUUGCUUACAUGCGAAUUCUACAGAAAGGCCGAGUCCUGUCAUGAAGAGACGUACGACACUUUCGAAAUUGACCUUGAUGAGGAUGGCCCGCUUAGGGAGGAAUAUGUCCCUAAGCGAAGAGUGUCUGCGUCGAAGACAGAGAUACACAGACGUUCGUUCUCUUCUGAGACGAACAAUGUGACAUAUGUGUCUCCGCGUUUGCCUGCACCUUCUGAAUGGAGUCCACAUGCGGACCCUCCUUUAGCGCGAGAUUAUGGACGCCGCUUCAUGACUACAGCACCUGGCUCAAAGGAAACUGCUAUUGGAAGUGCUCUGCCAGGCAUACAACCGUACCCGUCCUCCUGGAAUGCUCCAAUACCUUUAUUCGCCACACAUUUUUCCGCACCCAGAAAUAUUCAUACUACCAGUAGCUUUGAAGCAGAACCUCGUGGUUUCUCAGCUUCCACUGUUGGUCCACCUAUCAGCUACGCUCGCGCAACAUUCAACUCUAUGGGGCACGUGCGAUCGUUCUCUUAUUCUCGUGUAAACGGGGAUGACAACUGCUGUCUACCGCCAACCUCGUGCUCCCGAUAUGUGGGACAACCUCCGACUUUCUCUUAUAUCCAAGGCGAGCCUACUCACUCCCGGCCGCUGUGGCUAAAGACAUGAACAAAGAAAUAGCUUCUUUCACUAUGAGCCUAGACAUUCUUCCACGUCAACUUUUCUCAACCAUUUAUGCUAGGACGUCCGAGAUAAUCAUCGACUUUCGCUGUCUAUUGCUGUCGUGCAGUCUUCGGUGUCUGCCUUUGGUGCCUUCUUCGUAAUCUUGCUUUUCUCAUUUUUUUCACCAUUGCUAUACGGACUUAGCCGGAUCGACUACCUUUACAUGAUGCACGGGUUUUCACUGUUCCUAAGGAGUCAUCGGUCAUUUCAGCAUAUUGCAUUUUCUCCAAGCAUCUAUUUAAUUGCUUCAAGUUUUGGGCUCCCUCACUGUCACCAUUGCAUCUUUACGCUUCAUUCCGUUCUCCACCUCCACCGCAGUCGAAGGCGUUCCAUUGUAGUGUAUGCGUUUUUCUCUUCAUCUACGUUCACACCCAGCAAGCCGCGUUCCUUUAGCAGAGCUGCGCUUUGCCAGCGUCUAGCAGACGUGUGCUCUGAAAUGUUGUGAAAUCUCUUUUUGGCCCUCGUUGCCCCUUUGGAGAUUCUGUGCCCAUUCCAUUGUGCAUUAAUUUUCGUUUGGGUUUCUUUUCACCUGUGUCAUGACUUUUUUUCCCUUUUCUCGUUUACACUCAAACCACUAAACGUCAAAAAAAUCGGAAAAAAUACGAACGCACGCAUUUGAACUUGACUUUCCUCUUUAACCUCUGUUUUUUUUCUCUCACACAUACUCCCCUUAUCGCGUCCAUCCCUGCGAUUAUAGUCCGCCUGAUAUCCCUUUACUCUGGGCUACACAUAUCCAGCUUUCAUGCAUUUUAGCAUCCGCCUCUUCUUCCCUCGGGUUCAACUUUUAACCCGUCUGCGGCUGUGGGCCUGUUCGAUGCGCCCCUUUGUCCCUCACUACCUUGCUUCCAGACUUCCCGAGCCUCCUAACAUUCCCACCAGUCCCUACCGUUCGUCUAUCCUCCCGUCCCGGUAUAGCCUUCCCCCCAUCCUCCACUCUGGAUCUUCGUCCUUUACUCCGAAC